ACUCUCUUUCAUCUCCAUCUCAGCUGCAUAAACACCACUUACAGUCGUACCAAAGAGAUAGAUGGCCAUGGGAACGGCUGGUAGGGGCUUCCUCGUCCCUCUUCUCUUCAUCAACUUCGUCAUGCACAUCAUCAUCCUUGGCCUCGCUGGAUGGUCCCUCGAUAGGAUCAUCGACCGCGACAGGCGCCCACAUUUAGAAGGGAAUCCGUCGACGAGCUACUUGCUGAUCUUGUCAUUGAUGGCUGGAGCGGUGGGCGCGUGCUCGGCGGUGGCAGGGCUGCUGCAUACGAGGGCGUGGCGGAGCGACAGCUUGGCGAGUGCAAUCUCUUCUGCAUUGGUUUCUUGGGCUCUCACGGCCCUCUCGUUCGGUGUUGCAUGCAAGCAUAUCAAUCUGGGAAACCGAGGGAGACAUCUGAGAACUUUGGAAGCUUUUAUCAUAAUCUUGACCUUCACACAGCUGCUUUACCUGAUCCUGCUACAUGCUGGUAUCAUGAACAGCAGAUUAACAAUGGGCUUGACAACCAGAAACAGAGAUGAACAACACCAACAGCAGGUGGAAGAUAUUACAUUGUGA